GCUAGGUUUACUCUCCCCUCCUCUUCCACGGCCGCGCCUGCGACACCCAUCCGCCGCCACGCCAUGGCCAAGUACAACGUGGUGCAGAAGAACAAGCGCCAGUGCAAUCAGGACCGCAAGCGCGCCGCGCAUGGGGAGCCCGGGACCGGCAAGCUCAAGCAGCGGACCGCGCCCGUCUCCAUGUCCGGCAAGCGGAAGAAGAAGCUCGAGCGCCGCCUCAACCGGAAGCAGAAAGAGGCUGCGAUGAUUAAGGCGCUGGAGAACAACAUGGGGGAUGUCGACAUGGUCUCAGUUGAAGAGUCUUCAGAAGCUGCAAAGGGCAAGUCCCAAGUGAAGUUCAGUGUGAAGAAAAACUCAAGAAUACAGAUAAAGAGAUUAAAGGGCAAAGGCAGGAAGAAAGCCAAAAAUGCAAAACCACCUGCCAAGGAGAAAGUUGAUGCCAUGGUAGAAUGACAGUUGAUGCCAUGGUAGCAUGACGGACAAGACUACAUACAUCCAUCCCUUUGUAUGUUUUCUCAGAGUUUGCAGCAUGGACCGACCUCACCGAACACUGGCGCGUGUCUCUUGCAUCUUCUGCCUGAAUGUUAAAUAGAAGCUACUUAGGCCUGGUGUUAAUGUACUUCAAACAUGAAUCUACCUUUAAUAGUGGACUAUGCGAAUUUGUUCAUGUUCUUAUUGCGUU